AUGAUGAUCUUUGCUGCCCCCUGCCUCCCCGCAACCUGCUCUCUAAGCUCCUGUGUCCUUCUCCUGACCCCCAGGUGUUCACCCUGCUGAGUCUGGCACACUCCCCAUUCCCCAGGUCUGCAGGGACCCCAGUGCCAGAGAUCUUCUCCCACCACUCCAGAUGGGCAGCCUGCCAUGAGAGGGAGGGCCAGCUGAGCACAUCAGGACACCAGGAUUUGGCCAGAAGACCCUUCCUCUCCUCUCAUCAGGACUUUUCAGAGACUGCUCUGCCAUGACCCCGGCGCGGUGCUGGCCCACCUGGGACCUGGCCCUGGACCCGCUGGUGUCCUGCAAGCUGUGUCUCGGGGAGUACCCACUGGAGCAAAUGACGACCAUCGCCCAGUGCCAGUGCAUCUUCUGUACCCUGUGCCUGAAACAGUAUGUGGAGCUCUUGAUCAAAGAAGGAUUAGAAACUGCAAUUAGCUGCCCCGAUGCUGCCUGCCCCAAACAGGGCCACCUACAGGAGAACGAGAUUGAGUGUAUGGUUGCAGCUGAAAUCAUGCAGAGAUACAAAAAGCUACAGUUUGAAAGAGAGGUACUCCUGGACCCCUGUCGGACUUGGUGCCCAGCGUCUACCUGCCAGGCUGUGUGCCAGCUCCAGGAGAUGGGGCUGCAGACCCCUCAGCUGGUGCAGUGCAAAGCCUGCGACACGGAAUUCUGCUCCGCCUGCAAAGCCAGCUGGCACCCUGGCCAGGGCUGCCCGGAGACCAGGCCCAUCACCUUCCUUCCCGGGGAGACCAGCAGCUCCACUUUCCAACUGGAGGAGGACGACGCGCCCAUCAAACGCUGCCCCAAGUGCAAGGUCUACAUCGAACGGGAUGAAGGGUGCGCGCAGAUGAUGUGUAAGAACUGCAAGCACGCCUUCUGCUGGUACUGCCUCGAGUCCCUGGACGAUGACUUCCUCCUGAUCCAUUAUGAUAAAGGGCCCUGCAGGAACAAGCUGGGUCAUUCCAGGGCAUCUGUCAUCUGGCAUCGGACACAGGUUGUGGGCAUUUUUGCUGGAUUUGGGCUCCUGCUCUUGGUGGCCUCGCCUUUCCUGCUCCUGGCCACUCCGUUUGUACUCUGCUGCAAGUGCAAGUGCAGUAAAGGCGACGACGACCCCCUACCCACCUAGAGGAAGGCGUGAUGCUGGAACAAGCCCCCACCUCCGGGAAGCGUGGUUCUCUCCCAUCCCCACCCCGCCGUCCCCCUCUCACUAAGCAUCUUUCUUGCCUUAUGUGCCCCAUUGAGCUUCACAGUGUCACGCCGGAUGCCGUGAUUUCAGGGACUGAUAUCGGAUCGUUGGCGGAGGCCCCAGGUGCAGUCACCCCGGCGUGGGGGAGGCAAGGCUGGCAUGGGUGGGGCACGUCCCACAGAGUCGGUCUCUGCAGACUUGACAAGGGAGCAGCUGUAUGGAGCACCAGGUAGCGGUAGACUAGGAACGUCUGGUGUUGCUUAGGAGACCUUCUCUCGCAGAAUGCUGUCCGUCUCCUCCUUGGCUUCAAGCUGGCGCCACGUUGCUGAGAGAAGAAGUCUUUUAAGGAUCGCAUCUCACUUCAGACAGAGUCCAAGUGUUCUGACUUGAGAAAAGCACUCUGUUUAUGACAACUCUUUUUAUUACUAAUGGCAUUUAGUAAAAUCCUUUUUAGAAGGUUUUUUUGGUUUUUUUUUUUCCAACUGAGUAGUGAAAAAUCAACAAGGUGCAUUGAAACCAUCCUAUGCCUUUUCUUGAAAUGUGCAUUUUAAGAAGUUAUGGUUAAAUGACCUUUCUGGCUCGGCCACUUUUCAGGAGAUUUAGAAAGCCUUAUGCGCUCUUUGUGUUUUUCUUGAAACUUGUGGAGACUUUUUGGACGCUGUAAGCUGUGUACUGUCAUCCACGUGUUUCCGGUAUCAUUGCAUUUCUUUGAAAAUACUGAUGCAUUUGUAGGAACGUGUCCAUCCUUAGGUUUGCCUUUUGUUUUUCUCUCUCUGGUGAUUCAGCUCCGCUCACAGGGCUCCGCUCUUUUCACCCAAGUAUCGGUAAAUAUUUUUUCAUGUCUUCAGAAACCAAAUGUUUUACUUGGAAAUAGUUCUGCUGAGAAUCCCUGUGGUUUGGCCAUAGCCUCGGUCUCCUCAAGCAGACAAAACCAAGCAAAUAGUGACAUUGAUGCCCAGAAGGGAGGCCUCCUAUCAGGGCUGGGGGACCCCCAGGGGCUGGGGGAGAAGCUUCUGGAUGUUCACAGUUUUUGUAAUGACUAAGUUAAUUUGGAGAAAUCAUCUAUCUUAGUUCCAAAUCCUGUUGCUUACCAUUUUGCUUACCCUGCUGAAAAAAAUCUUCCAUUUCACUUAGUUAUUUUGAUUGGUCUUUUACAGUCUGUGUGUGUCGAUUACCAUGGCAACAGGAUACCCGGAUCAGUAAGACACACGGAACUCCAUCAAUUGCCUUUGGACAGUGUGUUCUUUACAGAAAGUUGACUUUAAUAAUGGCUUUUAAAGAGCAAACUGAUUGCAUCCAACUUGGGACUUCUAAACAUAGUAGAAAGGCAAAUGUUGUAGAUUUAUCAUGGUGGAACUUUUUAAAAACUUACUAAGCAUUCCACAAAGGAGUAAAAUGAAAACAAAACCUGACUUUUAUCUC